AUGGAAACUCUUCACUUUUGUCAUUUCAUCCUUUUCUUCUCAACAUUCAUAUCCUCAUUCGACCCGAUUCUUUGUAUUGAUAACUCCUCAGAUGCCUUUUGGCUCUUAAGAAUAAAAUCCAAACUUAUCUACCCGUUUGGAGUUCUCAACAACUGGUCAGAAAACACGAGCAUGUGUUCUUGGUACGGAGUCACGUGCACCGAUGACAAUAACCACAUUUUGUCACUCGAUUUGCCGAAUUCAGGCCUAAAUGGAGUCAUCUCCCCAAAAAUCUCAAAGCUCACAUUUCUUAUAAGUCUCGAUUUAUCUCAAAAUCACCUCUCUGGCUCCAUCCCUCCUGCUAUAGGAAAGCUUCGAAACCUGCAAAUGCUUCAGCUCUUCUCAAACUCAUUAUCCGGCACAAUACCUCCCGAGAUUGCCUUUUUGAAGAACCUGCAAAUACUCAGAAUAGGUAAUAAUACGCUCACUGGUGAUAUUUUGCCGGCCAUUGGGAGGAGUUUGACCGAGCUAAGAGUCUUGGGCCUUUCUUAUUGCCAGUUUUAUGGUAGCAUUCCAAAAGAGUUUGGAUAUUUGAAGAAUCUCCAACUUUUGGACAUUCAGCAUAAUAAUAUCGGUGGGACCUUACCGAAAGAGAUUGGCGAAUGCAAAGAGCUCGAGAAAUUCAACGCAGCGAAUAACAUGAUUAUGGGUACUAUCCCGGGCUCAAUGGGCGGGCUCGAAUCACUGCAGAUCUUGAAUUUGGGCAACAACAGUCUUUCUGGGCCGAUCCCUGUCGAGUUGGGCCGUUUAUCGAACUUGACAUAUUUGAACCUUCAAGGAAAUGGGUUGAGAGGGAAAAUUCCUUUGGAACUCAACAAUUUGUCUCUGUUGUCCACUUUGGACUUAUCAAGAAACAAACUUUCUGGGCCCAUAAGCAUUUUCAACUACUUCACAAAUCUUCAAUGUGUGGUUUUAUCAGGCAACUUUUUCUCAGGUGGGCUACCAGAAAAUCUCUGCACCAAUAAUCCAAACCUGACCCAGCUUUACCUGGCCGGAAACAAUUUAUCUGGAACAUUUCCGGUUGAGAUAGUAAAUUGCUCGUCACUCGAGCAAUUAGACCUCUCCGAAAAUAACAUCGACGGGCCUUUGCCGGAUGACAUUGACAAGCUCCAGAAGUUAACAGAUCUUUUGCUCAGUAACAACAGAAUUACAGGAAAAGUGCCCAACAAAAUCGGUAACUUGAGUAAUAUAAGGACUUUAGACCUCUCUGGAAACAUGAUCACGGGCCAAAUCCCAGUGGAAAUCGGAAAGCUAAAGCAGCUAGUCACUUUAUACCUUGAAGACAAUCAAAUGUCAGGCAGUAUACCUCGUGAGCUAACAAACUGCUCGAGCCUGCAAGCAGUUGAUCUCUCUUACAAUCAAUUUUCGGGGUUCAUUCCUCCGAGAAUGGGGAAACUGGAGAAUCUUGAAUACAUUGACCUAAGGCAAAACGGGCUCGAGGGUCCGAUUCCAGCAAGCUUAGGAAAAUGCAGACAGCUUCAGAUACUCGGCUUGUCAGACAACAAUCUUUCAGGCCCCAUACCAACCUCAUUCGGGUUUCUUACCGGACUUUUUCUUUUGGCUCUCUACAACAACUCGUUAUCAGGUACGAUCCCAGAAUCUUUCUUCCAUCUCAAAAACCUCAGCUCUAUCAAUUUAUCGCUCAACAGGCUUAGCGGUAGCAUUUUCCCAUUAACCGGUUCGAAUUCUCUAACCCUUUUGGACUUAACCAACAAUAGUUUCUCAAACACCAUUCCAUCUCGACUGGCUCUGUCCCUAAACCUGACACGUUUACGCCUCGCUCAUAAUGCCUUCAAUGGCAGCAUUCCUCCCGGGUUUAGCAACCUUACGGAGCUUCAGUUUCUUGAUUUGUCGUACAAUAAUCUGAUGGGCGAGCUGGAUUCGGGGCUUUCAGGCCUGACAAAACUCCGACACCUUCUGCUCAGCAACAACCUAUUUUAUGGAAAUAUUCCCACUUGGUUAGGGAAUAUACAGCAGCUAGGUGAGCUAGACCUUUCAUCGAACGCCUUCAGUGCAACAAUACCGUCGGAAAUCGGAAACUGUUCGAGCUUGCUCACACUUUCCCUUCACAGCAAUAGGCUAUCCGGUCCGGUGCCGCCGGAAAUCGGCAACCUCAGCCUGCUAAACGUCUUAGACCUCCACAAAAACAGCCUUUCAGGCACAAUCCCAAAUACAAUUCAACACUGCAAAAAGCUUUUCGAGCUCAGGCUCUCGGGAAACAACCUCACCGGCCCUAUCCCACCCGAACUCGGCACGCUCAGCGAGCUGCAAGUCACUCUCGACCUGAGCUCCAACAAUUUAUCCGGAGAAAUCCCUUCGUCGAUCGGAAACCUCGUGAAGCUCGAGCAACUGAACCUCUCCCACAAUCAACUCCACGGCGAAAUCCCGGCCUCGCUAGGGCGAUUAUCCAGCCUCCAGAAUAUCAACGUCUCGUACAAUCUCCUAGACGGCCAGAUCCCGUCGGCUUUCUCGAAAUUCCCGGCGAGCUCGUUCAAGGGCAACGACGAACUGUGCGGGCCGCCGCUAAUUCAGUGCGGGAAAAAACUGCGGCGAACGAGGAAAUAUCUCUCCGAGUCUCAGGUAUCCGGGAUCGUGGUGGCGAUCGUUCUCACGGCGACCUUGAUUUGCUUGUUUCUGGUGUACCUAAUGCUGAGGAUAUGGCGGAACUGGAGGAGGGUGGCGGUUUCUUGCUCCGGAAAUGGGGCCGUCAGAGAAAAUGGAGUCAACGAAGAAAGUGUUUCUGAAGAAGGGAUUAUGAAGAGCGGCGACGAUUAUCUGGCCUCGUCGUCGUCGGAUCCCAACCGGAGUUUCCUGUUCAACGUGAACCAAAAUCCCGUCCGUGAAUAA